AAAAUAAACGCUAUUUUCUUUAUAAUACGUCUCGACGUUGCCUGCUUUAUUGAGUGGGAUAAUCUGCAGUAUAAAAUCCAUGACCACACCCGUCUGUGAUUACAAAGUGAAAGUAAAAUAAAACAACAAUAAAUAAAACGCGCGUUAGUGUCUCAGCAGCAGCCCUGGCUUUCAUUUCUAAGAGGAGCAAACUGUUCUUUCUCUAACAGGGCGGGGGAUCAUGGCUGAAGAAACUGUUUCUCAAGAGCUGCGCAGCGCCUCUGAGCUGAGGAUCGUGCUGCUUGGGGGAAACUGGCCUGGGAAGAGUGCAGCAGGAAACACCAUCCUGGGCAGAGAGGAGGGAAGAUCGGGAUUCAUCUUCUCUGCUGUAACAAAGGAGUGUGAGAAGAGAACAGGAGAAGUGUCUGGGAGACGGGUCACUGUGGUCGACACUCCAGACUUGUUACACGCAGACCGGGUUGAGAUUGAGAGAUGUGUUUCUCUGUCUGCCCCGGGACCCCACGCUUUCCUCCUGGUGAUACCCGUGUAUGCAAAAGAAAUGAUUGACUCUGUCUGUGAGUCUAUAGUAAAAGAGUAUUGCAAACCCUUUGAUAAAGUGCAGGAGCUGUUUGGUGAGAGAGCUGUGAGGAACACGAUGAUCCUUUUCACCCACUGGGAUUAUCUGAGAGGCAGGAAGAUUCAGCAGUACAUUGAGGAAGCUGGUGAGGAGCUCCAGCAGCUUGUUGAGAAAUGUGGGAACAGGUAUCAUGUUCUCAACAAUAUGAACAGGAACGAUCGCAGUCAGGUCAUACAGCUCCUGGACAAGAUAGACAACAUGGUGAAGGGAAGUGGAGGCUGCUACCUCCCAAAUGAGAUUUACCAGGAGGUACAAGAUAGGAUUAGACUAAAGGAACAGGAGCUGAAUAAGAAACACAAAGAGGAGCUGAGCAGGAAAGAAGAGGAGAUGAAACAGAAACAUGAGGAGGAACAGAGGAGGAGAGAAGAGGAGCUGAUGGAGAAGUUGAGGAAGCAAAUGAAGGAAGAGGAGCUGGAGAAAGAGGCAGAGGAAUCCAAGCUGCCUGUCCUGUCAGGAGAAGGGAACGCAUCCCAAUUCUUACCCCCCAGCAUAAGUCAUUUUAAGAUUGUUCUAACAUUUUCCAUCGAGUGUGAGAUAUAUACAGUGUAUGCUGUGCGAGGUGGGAAUGGACCUGUCUUCUUUUUUGCAGUGUCUGAAAGCAAAGUGGAGAACGAAUCAGAGGGAUCCAAGCUGCCUGUCAAGAGAAGAGUGAGCAAGGAGAUCAACCCCCCCGAGAUUUCUGGAGGUGAAGGAGAGGCUCCCCUUGCAGAUAACCAAGCGCCUCCCAGCCCCCCUGAGCUGAGGAUGGUGCUGCUUGGGAAGACUGGGGCUGGGAAGAGUGCAGCAGGAAACACCAUCCUGGGCAGAGAGGAGUUCAGAUCUGAAGCCAGCUCCUCUGCAGUAACGAGGGAGUGUGAGAAGAGAAAAGGACAAGUGGCUGGGAGACCUGUUGCUGUGAUCGACACUCCAGAGCUCUCUCAGGACAAACUCCAGAUUAGGAGCUGUGUCUCUCUGUCUGCCCCAGGACCCCACGCUUUCCUCCUGGUGAUACCGGUGGGCCGAUUCACAGAGGAAGAGAGGAGAGCGGUGGAGACAGUCCAGGAGAUAUUCAGUGAGGAGGCUGUGAGGAGCUACACGAUGCUCCUUUUCACACACGGUGACGAACUGAAAGGCAAGACCAUUGAGGAUUAUAUUCAGAGAGGCAGCAAGGAGCUCCAGCAGCUUGUUGAGAAAUGUGGGAACAGGUAUCAUGUUCUCAACAAUCAGGACAGGAGCGAUCGCACUCAGGUCACACAGCUCCUGGACAAGAUAGACAACAUGGUGAAGGGAAGUGGAGGCUACUACACUGUGGAGAUGUACCUAGAGGAGAAAAUUAGACAAAAGGAACAGGAGCUGAAUAAGAAACACAAAGAGGAGCUGAGCAGGAAAGAAGAGGAGAUGAAACAGAAAUAUGAGGAGGAACAGAGGAGGAGAGAAGAGGAGCUGAUGGAGAAGUUGAGAAAGCAGAAGAAAGUGUCUGGAGGAGCCCGGGGCACUAUAGAGAAACGGGAAGGAGAGACUCCCUUUGCCGACAGCCAAGUGCCUUCAACAGAACAAACACAUGAGAAGAAUAAGGAGGAGCCGCCAGAGGAACCCAAGCUGCCUGUCAGGAGAAGACAAAGCAUUGAAGACGACCCUCUCAACAUGUCUGGAGGUGAAGGAGAGGCUCCCCUUGCAGAUAACCAAGCGCCUCCCAGCCCCUGGGAAGGGAAAGAAAGGGCCAGUGAAGUGAGACUAAGGAAGAAGAGAGAAGAGCAGAUUGACAGGGUGGGAUAUGAAAAGAGCAAACUGCUAAAGGAGAGGCCAGGAGAGCUGGAGCUACAACUGGAGCUGAGGAGAGAGAGGGAGAAAUCCAGAGUGCUGGAGCGGGAGCUGAAGAGAGCACAAGAGGGGGAGCAAGAGCUGAAGAAACAGAGGGAGAAAAUGAGAGAGCUGGAGGAGGAGCAGG